CGGUCGCACUAUUCUUUUUGUAAUAAAUUUUGCAAGACUUUUUCAAGUCUCUGUUUUUGUUCUAUAUUUUAAUUUUUACCGUAUAAAACUGAACAAAAGAGUAUGCCACCCCCAAGACCGAAGGGGAUAGGAUUUAAUACAGGAGCUACCCAACCCAGAUCGAACUCAAACACGCCAAUGUCGGAGAGGCAGCAAAUGGCUUUGCUCAUCCAAAUGACAGCCAACUCGUCGACAGAUUCAUCCCGCACCAAUUUAAAGAAGAAUGAAUGCAAGAAAGGAGACACAGAGACUGAUGAGGGCAGCCUGAAUGAGAAGCAAGAGGUCCUGGACACGAAAGACAAAUCUUCAGCGGAGGAAAGCAGUAACGAUGGUAAAACCAGCGAUACCAAUCAUCAGGGAACUUCGGGUGCCAAGCGCUGUUACUCAGACAUAGAGGAGGACUACGAGGAAUCUGGCGAGGACGUGAAGAAAAAGAAACGUAAGGACUCGGAGCAUGGAAAGGAAGUGAAGGGUGCUUCCCUAAAACUCACCUCUCGCGUCGAGAAAAGUUCCAAGCUAGCUGCAACGAAGGGAUCUCCAUCAGCAAACAAAAGCAGUGCCUCUAAUGCCGAAAAGGAGCAGGCGGAGACUAGUAAGAAUGUAGACAUUGAGAACGAAACAGAGUGCAGCGAUGAUUACAAGAGUAACGACAGCCUGUACAACGGAGGACUGAAAGUACCGCCAUUGAAAAUUGUGAUUCCGCAACAGAACUGCUCAAUCGACACCGAGGGCAAUGUGCUUAGAACUGGCAAGGUGACAGCCUCCCGCAAUGCCGCCCUGCCGUAUGUGGUCAGCUCCAAUAGCGAUUCCAUUGACACCGUCAUAACCAAUCAAUCUAUUAGCCCGCACGAAAGUCCACAGAAGAGCAACAGCAUUUGCUCCACAGCCCUGGAUGACAAGAAUAUAAAGCUCUUCAAUGACGAAAAGAAUCUGAGGGUCCUGCGAAGCUCUCAUCGCACUGGAGUGACCAGUGUGGAGCGCAGUUCCAAUAACUCCUCCCCGCAAAUGCAGAGCAGCUCUCCAUCACCAGCGUCAUCCAAUCAUGCCAACGAUCCUGCAGAUGUAAAGCUCUCCUAUAGCAACAUGACUUCUAGUCCGAUCCCACAAGGCCACCAGUUUGACCAGGAGGCAAUCACCAAUGUUCCGAGCCCGUCAACGUCGUCGACUUCGUCGUCCAAAGACAUAAAUCCCUCGAACGUGGAACUCCAUCCGCGAAAGCGAAAGAUUCGGCCCAAAAACACCGACGACAGUUCGAAGAACUCAAAUGCGGCGGAUUCCGGUGUCAACUCCGAAGAAUCUCACCCCCAUGACCAUCCCUUCACCAAUGGCUUCCAAAUGUUCUUAAGCAUCCGUCGUCAGAUCGAAAAGAAGUGGAAAAGCUUGUAUCCGGUGAAGCCAAGACCUCCGCAGGGAUACAAUGAGUAUCUGCUGACAAAGAAAUCGUACUUAUUAAGGCGCAAUGCUGCGAUCUCAGUUCCGGACAUUCCACGCACUGUUCCACAGGCCAUGGAGAGGAUCUAUCAGGAUCAGGAGAAGGCGAGACGGGACUUGAUCGAAGCGCACACCGUGGAGAGGGAAAAACUAUGCAUGAACGUUGAGCAGGAGAUAAUACGGGUCCACUCGAAGGCGGCCAGGAGCAUAUCUGGACAGCCGGCGCCCUAUUCCGUUUGCACAUACUUGAAGGACGACGAGGUCUACAACAUGAUCACACCGGAGCAGGACGAAAAGGAAAAGAGUGCUCGGUGCCGCUUUAAUGGGCGAUUGUUACUUAGCUGGUUGCAAGACGUCGAUGAUAAAUGGGAAAAAAUCAAGGAAUCAAUGGUGUUGCGGCAUCAUAACGAGGCGGAAAGUUUGCAUGCCGUGCAGGUGAUGGAUUGGAAUAUAUUCGCAAAACGAAAUAGGCUAUGUGACAACCCGAUUGAAGUUAAUUUGGAGCACGUUCCGAUCGUUUCAGUUGGAGACGAUUUUGACACAUUGCCAACAUAACUGACGUAUUGAAAUUAAUGAAUUGUUACAAAAUUAUAAAUUUGUAAACUAGA